AUGGUUACAGUAGUACAGUUUGUGAUUUCCAAACUGUUUUCGCCCCUUUGGAGGAGAGCGGUUGACGACUACGAUGAAUAUAUCGGUUAUAACUAUGGAGCUGAGGAGGAGGUCAAACAGGUGCAUGGAGGGUUGGUGUCCCAGCUGUGCCAGGAUUACGGGCUCAUCAAUGACUCCAUUUACUUCACAUUUGGCGAGGUCCUGGGAGGUGUGCCACUCUGCGUGGGAGACACUGUUCAUGCCACUGUAGUACGAGAUGGAGCACAUGGAGGAUGGAAGGCACUUAGGGUGGAAAAGCAGGCUGAUGCAUGGGAGGAUGGAGGUGGAGUAUCGCUGGAGUCAGAAACCAGUCGGCUCAGGCCUCUGAUUGGAACAGUUACAUCGUUCAACAAGGAUGGCGGAUUCAUCAAUCAAAACACAUUCUUUUCACAUUCAGCUCUGUGUGAAGGUUUUGAGCCAAUGAAAGGGGAUUGGGUACAGGCCCAGUACUUCAUAAGUCCGACCCAGUGGAGCAGUCAGGCUUCCCAUGUCGUACCAUUGCGUUACCGUCGCUUGGAUAAAGUGCGUGUGUCAAGUGUGUUUGGAAGCAACGGCGUGGUAGAGGACAGUGUGUUUUUCAGCCUGGACUCCCUGCUGCUGCCUGCUCAGUACAGGCCUUUGCCUGGAGACUUGGUGAAUGUGGUGAUGGUGGAGAGCAGCCAGUCGUUUUACUGCUGGAGAGCUCUGUGUAUGGCCCCCAGUCAACCCAGUCUUUCCGUGGAUGCUGGCGUUGGCAUGUCAGAGAAUAAGGUGCAGACUCUGCUGGAUAACAAGGCAGGCGUGGUGGUUAGUGAAAACACCCAUUUUGGAUCACUCUUCCUGGGAGAGCACAAAGAACUACAAAUCUGGAUAGAGAACCAGGGUUUGGAGAGACAGACUCUUAAGUGUUAUGAGUUUGCAGGCUGGGACACUGAGCGACAGUUCUCUCUGGCUCACGUAGCUGAUACUGUCACCCACACACCUGAUCUCAGCAAACAGCAGCCCGCCAUUACCCAGUUACUUGUGGAUGGAACUGUUGAGUUGGAGACUGAUGGUAUUCCAGAAACAGCCAAGAAGACCUCAGUGAUUCGGAUGGUGCAGCGAGAUUUGGAAAUUGUGCCAGGAGGAAAAACAUCUGUUGCUGUCAGCUGCCAAGCAAAGAGCAUGGGACGAAGUACAGAGCUUCUCCUGUUGCACUUUUCAUCCUUUACCAUCGGCAGGCGUUUAGACGUAGCGGUGAACAGCAGAGAGGAGAGGCACUUGCAGCCCAGUGCCCCGUAUUGUCCUGCUUCCCCCCUGCCUCCUCCUCAACCACAGCCUAAACAAGUGGUCACAGUCAUGGCUCCCCCCCCAUCACGCAGACUGUCCAGGCGUCACCUGCCUAAUUUCCUGGGUCCGUACCCUGUGCCACAGGCCUUAAGGGAGUGUGUGGAAACAGGGGGUGAUGUUCUGGUGGCUCAGCCUGCCCUGGGGGAGACACUCUCUUUGGCCAACAUGCUGCCACGCUUCUCAAUGCUGCUGUGGUUGGAGGAGCUGCAAGCAGAGAUGGAGCUGAAGGAGUUCACCAUCAGCGGAGCUCUGCUCAGAAAGGGAGCAACUCAUCUUCACCUAGAGGUGCCAGGACUUGCCGAGGGAAGACCUAGCCUCUACGCUGGCGACAAAGUUCUUCUGAAGAAGCCGUCAAAUAGAGGUGUGGUUAUUGAGUAUAUCGGCUAUGUCGCAGAGAUCACUGAGGAGGAUGUGAGUUUGAGAGUAAACACAGAGUUUCAGCAGAGCUACCUUGGGGAGCCCUUGGAUGUGGAGUUCACCCUUAACCGGUUGACCGUGCGCAGAUGCCACUCUGCGCUUGAGCAAUCCAAACACUUUGGUGAAAAUGUACUCUUCCCUAGCAGUUUAGUUCUACAGAGUCCACAGUGGGUUGGAGAAUGGGGUCCUGAGGACUUAGUUGAAGGGGAGAAAAAGUGUCAGGCCACUGACAAGCCAUCAGCUCUGAGUAUGGAUAUGGUCUCUGUGGCAACUCAGACAAAAACACGGAACAUCUUGGAGGAUUCAAGGAUGGGGCCAAGUGUUGUCCCGAGGCCUGGCCAGUUCUUCAGCGAUCAUCUUAAUCCCGCCCAGAAGAGGGCAGUAAUGCACAUCCUUAGUGGAGAGUGUCGGCCCACACCUUACAUCCUCUUUGGACCCCCAGGCACAGGAAAAACUGUCACCCUCAUAGAGGCCAUACUACAGGUGUAUCAUCGUUUGCCCAGUAGUCGAAUAUUAGUGUGCACCCCCUCCAACAGUGCUGCUGACCUCAUUUGCAUUCGCCUUCAUGAAUGUGGCUACCUGCAUACUGCAAGCCUGGCACGUGUCAAUGCCACCUGUAGACCAGAAGAGUCCAUCCCAGGGCUGCUGCAGCAGUAUUCCAGGGCAGGAGAGGAUAUUCGACAUGCGUCUUUUCAUAGAAUCGUUGUCAGCACCUGCUCCAGUGCUGGAAUGUUCUACCAGAUUGGUCUGCAGGCAGGGCAUUUCACCCAUGUGUUUCUGGAUGAGGCUGGCCAAGCUACUGAGCCCGAGUGUUUGAUCCCGCUAGGACUGCUGUGUGAGAGAGACGGACAGAUAGUGUUAGCAGGAGACCCUCAGCAGCUGGGUCCAGUGGUGAAGUCUACAGUGGCUAGGGCGUUUGGCCUUGGUGUAUCCCUCCUCGAGAGGCUGAUGGCCUUACCUCUUUACUCAUGUGAAGACAAAGGUUACAACCCACUGUUGGUGACUAAGCUGGUGUACAAUUAUCGCUCCCAUGAGGCCCUGCUGGCGCUGCCAUCACAGCUGUUCUAUGCCGGCGACCUGUGUGUGCGUGCUCAGCGAGUGGUGGUGGACUCCUUCUGUCACUGGAACCAACUGCCCACCAAGGGUUUUCCCCUUAUAUUCCAUGGUGUUAGGGGCACAGAGCUAAGGGAGGGUAAUAACCCGUCCUGGUUUAACCCUGGUGAGGCAGUCCAGGUGAUGCUCUACUGCUGCCGACUGUCCAAAAGGCUCUACAACCCUGUCCUUGCCUGUGACAUUGGCAUCAUUGCUCCCUACAGGAAACAGGCGGAGAAGAUCCGUGUACUGUUGCAAAGGGUGGGCCUGGCUGAUAUCAAAGUUGGCUCUGUGGAAGAGUUCCAAGGCCAGGAGUUUCUGGUCAUCAUCUUGUCUACUGUCCGUUCAAAUGAGGAUGCACUGAGUGAUGACCUGCAGAGUGUUCUGGGGUUUAUAUCAAAUCCCAAACGCUUUAAUGUGGCUAUCACCCGUCCUAAAGCUCUCCUCAUCAUCAUUGGCAACCCACACGUUUUGAUUAAGGACCCGUGUUUCCGUGCCCUGCUCCAGUACUGUUAUGAGAACGGAGCAUUCAUUGGCUGUGAUCCCCCAGUAUCUCUCAGAGCCUCUCACAGGACUGGAUCUCAGAAGUAG